AUGGCUUGCUUAAAUAUUUGCAAAGAGGAGGGUAGCGCACAGGGGAAGCCCAUGAAGAAGGAGCAGGAAGUUUGCACUAGGGAUGGAAGCGUGGAUCGACAUGGUGAUCCUGCAAUCCGAGGGAGGACUGGCACUUGGUUCGCUGGAAUUCUCAUAUUAGUGAAUCAAGGACUGGCGACUUUGGCAUUCUUUGGGGUAGGAGUGAACUUGGUUCUGUUCUUGACAAGAGUGUUGGGUCAAGACAAUGCGGAUGCUGCAAACAAUGUCAGCAAAUGGACUGGAACUGUGUACAUAUUCUCUCUACUCGGUGCCUUCCUCAGCGACUCUUACUGGGGAAGGUACAAGACUUGUGCAAUCUUCCAGGCCAUCUUUGUCACUGGUCUGGCAUCAUUGUCACUGACUUCCUACUUAUUCUUGCUCAAACCGAGAGGCUGUGGUGAUGAACAAACUCCAUGCGGAUCCCACUCAACCUACCAGAAAGCAUUUUUCUACUUCUCCAUCUAUCUUGUUGCCCUUGGAAAUGGAGGAUACCAGCCUAACAUUGCUACCUUUGGGGCCGAUCAGUUUGAUGAAGGGGACGCUGAAGAAGGCUACUCUAAGAUAGCUUUCUUCAGCUACUUCUACUUGGCUCUGAACCUCGGUUCUCUCUUUUCAAACACCAUAUUGGGCUAUUUUGAGGACCAUGGUAUGUGGGCGUUAGGAUUCUGGGCAUCUGCUGGCUCUGCUCUUUUGGCACUGGUUUUGUUUCUGGUCGGCACUCCCAGGUAUAGACACUUCACUCCACAGGGCAACCCUCUCUGUAGGUUUUGCCAGGUCAUGGUUGCUGCAGCAAGAAAAUGGAAGGUCCAGAGGGUGCCAAAUCAAGAUGAUCUGUUUGAAUUAGAAGGCUCAAAGGACAGUUCCAAAAAUGGGGAAAGAAGGAUCCAACACACCCAAGGAUUCAGAUUCUUAGAUAGAGCUGCAAUUAAGGAUUACACAGAAGACGAGAAUGACAUUUACAAUCCAUGGCGUGUCUGCCCAGUAAAUCAAGUUGAAGAAGUCAAAUGCAUCCUAAGACUUCUCCCUAUCUGGCUGUGCACAAUUCUUUACUCUGUAGUUUUCACUCAAAUGGCAUCACUCUUCGUCGAACAAGGUGCUGCUAUGAAAACGACGAUUUCAAAAUUCCACAUUCCUCCAGCAAGCAUGUCUAGUUUCGACAUACUCAGUGUUGCAGCUUUCAUAUUCAUCUAUAGACGAGUACUUGAUCCCUUUGUUGCCGGAAUAAGAAAGGACCCUAAAGGCCUGACCGAGCUUCAGAGGAUGGGGAUUGGUCUAGUUAUCGCAAUAAUAGCAAUGGUUUCGGCAGGAGUUGUAGAGCUGUUAAGGUUGAAGUACGCGAAAAAAGAGUGUCCCAAUUGCGAAAGUGCAAGUUCUCUGAGCAUAUUUUGGCAAAUUCCUCAAUAUGUUCUGAUAGGAGCAUCUGAGGUGUUCAUGUAUGUCGGUCAAUUAGAAUUCUUCAAUGGGCAAGCACCAGAUGGAUUGAAGAGCUUCGGCAGUGCACUCUGUAUGACAUCCAUAUCUCUUGGCAACUAUGUGAGCAGCUUGCUAGUAACCAUUGUAAUGAAAGUAUCUACCAGAGACAAGAUGCCAGGAUGGAUCCCAGGAAACCUUAACAAAGGUCAUCUAGAUAGAUUUUACUUCCUCUUAGCAGCUUUGACAACUGCAGAUCUGAUUGUGUACAUUAUAUGUGCCAAGUGGUACAAGUACAUCAAGUUUGAGGGGAACCAGCAGCGGAACCUAGGAGGAGAGAGCAAAUUAAGCAAUGAAGAGGCAGAUCUGAAAGUUGAGCUCGAGAAACUCUCUGAUUUUCCAAAAAGAAAGUCCCAGCAUUUCCCAUCUGUCGAGAUGUGGAGAAACACAUCGAAGCUGUUAUCGAACCCUAAUUAUCAUCAUAAUCGUCUAAAUUCCUCCUUAUCUGAUUUCAGUGGAAACGGCUUCGUCUUUGGGCCACAAUCACUACUAACUCACUAUUACUCAUCUCCGCAAUCAGCCACUUCUGAUUCCUUAAAAUUAGGGAUUUCCAAUCACAAAUCCGAUGGAAUUCGAGCCUUUUCCUCAUCUUCUGCGGCCGCCCCUGCAGUUGUUGAUGCUCUCUCACCCUUGGCUUCGGCGGUGCAGUUGGCUCGCCACUACUCUAGCUGCUAUUGGGAGCUUUCCAAAGCUCGCCUCAGCAUGCUAGUUGUGGCGACCUCUGGAACCGGAUAUGUUCUAGGGAGUGCAGGGAGUGCUGUUGAUUUGGCUGGGCUUGGUUGGACUUGUGCCGGUACUAUGAUGGUUGCUGCUUCUGCUAACUCUCUUAAUCAGGUUUUCGAGAAGAAUAAUGAUGCCAAAAUGAAAAGAACAAGACAAAGACCAUUACCAUCAGGGCGCUUGACAAUACCUCAUGCACUCUCCUGGGCGGUUUCUGUUGGGGUAGCUGGCACUGCUAUAUUAGCUUGCAAGGCUAAUAUGUUAGCAGCUGGGCUUGGAGCUUCCAAUCUCUUUCUCUAUGCAUUUGUCUAUACACCGCUGAAGCAGAUUCACCCAGUCAACACAUGGGUUGGGGCUGUUGUUGGUGCUAUUCCACCACUUAUGGGGUAA